GAACUAGAGAAGUGCUUCUGAAACGAGCGGAUAAGCUUAGCUUGAUGCUGGAUAGGUGGAUGGACUUGGCAGGAGCACUUUAAUCAACGGUUGAGUGCUAUCAAGGCUCUAGGUCUGAAUGAAGACGGUAUGCCCUAUGUUUGGGUUUCUGAGCUAGGUUCUCUAGAUUUUGAGGAUCAUACUCCAGAUCAUGUAAUCUCGGUUCAUCCAAGCUCAAAGUGUGUAAUAUUGACUAUCCUUGGUACCAGGAUAUUUCCGAGACCGAGCCCGCAGGAUAUAAUUAUGGAUCUAGCAGCUAAAACUAUAAAAUUCGAUGAGGGAGAGGCACACUGUGGGAUGGCAAUGGGAGCCAGAAACCUGCUGAAGACCUCGAGAGAGGAAUUGACGAAUAUUCUAAAUAUUAAUCCUGGCUGUACCUUCGUUAUUCUUGGUUAUUCACUUGGUGCGGGAAUCGCCCAGUUGGUAGCUUACUCUUUACUUAGUCCUGAGUACAAAAAUCUGAUACCAGAUGGCAUUGAAGUGAGAACAGUACUGUACGGUUGUCCCCCAGUGUACGGUUCCUCAACAUCUAUUCCUCAACUUAAAAACGUUUUAGUUGUGCAGAACCAUAAUGAUGGAAUAUGCGGCGCAAGCUUGAAAUCUAUAAAUGAUGUUUUCCUAAAAACUCGAGCAAUUCAUCGCCUUAAUCUUAAACGAAGAACUCUAUUUAGAAUGGUUCUGACAUCAAGUUCGGGUAAAGAUAAAAGAAAAG